AUGCGCCGCCGUGCAGCAGCCAUCACUGCGCGCCCUCCUCGGGCUGCGCAGUCUCCACCCCUCUUCUCCCUUCUCCCACCUCCACCUCUGCGGCGGGCCGGCCCGCCCUUCCCCCCUCCCACUCUCGCCUCUUUCCGCCGCCCGGCCCGGCCGCUCCCACUGCGCAGGCGUCGUCCCGUCCUCCCAUCCCCCCGCGCGGUCGCUUCUCCUCCCUCGGCUGCGUCGGCGGCGCGAGCCACAGCGCGCCGGGCGAGCCAGCGAGAGGGCGUGAGCGGCGGCGCUGCCUGCAGCCUCGGCCGGGCCGGCGAGCCAGUGCGCGUGCGCGGCGGCUGCCUCCGCGGCAACCGGGAAGCCGGCGGGCGAGCAAGUGGUGUGGGACGCGAGACGAGGCCGAGCCGCGAGCGACAUGGGGGACCGGGAGCAACUGCUGCAGCGGGCGCGGCUGGCCGAGCAGGCGGAGCGCUACGACGACAUGGCCUCCGCCAUGAAGGCGGAGUUCAUGUUAAAAAGAUAUCUCCAGAGAAGGCAAAUGAGGACAUACUCUCCAUCCCUGCGGUGGCCUCAAGCCAAAAAAGAAAGGGAGUUCAUGUUAAAAAGAUAUCUCCAGAGAAGGCAAAUGAGGACAUACUCUCCAUCCCUGCGGUGGCCUCAAGCCAAAAAAGAAAGGGAGUUCAUGUUAAAAAGAUAUCUCCAGAGAAGGCAAAUGAGGACAUACUCUCCAUCCCUGCGGUGGCCUCAAGCCAAAAAAGAAAGGGAGUUCAUGUUAAAAAGAUAUCUCCAGAGAAGGCAAAUGAGGACAAACUCUCCAUCCCUGCGGUGGCCUCAAGCCAAAAAAGAAAGGGAACUUCUUUGAUGGGGGUUAUGAUGAAAUGUGUCUCCAGAUCCCAGAAGUCGAUAAAACCAUUGAACAUCCACACUCACUGCCAGAUGCAUCUCCUGUAUCAUUUAAAUGAAGCUACCCCACGCUGUGUACUUGAAGAUCCAUUACACAUUGAAGAUGUACAUGAAGAGGACCCAGAUACUUUGAAUAUGCCAUCAACUAAAAAUGAUAAUGAGUGGAUUCUGGAGAAUGUUACUGACGAUGAGGAAGACAUUCCAGCUACCCCACGCUGUGUACUUGAAGAUCCAUUACACAUUGAAGAUGUACAUGAAGAGGACCCAGACACUUUGAAUAUGCCAUCAACUAAAAAUGAUAAUGAGUGGAUUCUGGAGAAUGUUACUGACGACGAGGAAGACAUUCCAGCUGUAAUAGUUCCAGCAUCCUCUUCACCAAGUGUAUCUACAUCAAUUCCCAGGAGAAGUCAUUAGAGAAGGAGAGAGGGAGAGAAAGCUCCUUAAAACUGGAUGAUAAUCCUGAAGAGUGUCAGGGAUGUCUCAGGAAGGCUUACUGCUUAUUUGGCUCAUUGCAAUAAAAAGGUCCAAGCUGAUGACAGAAGGGGACGCAGGCCUGAGGUAGAAGCUGAAGAACAGUUCUGAGAAGCCCUCCUGGUGGACUGAAGGGGACAUCAACUCCAUCCUCCUGGCUAUGGGGGUCUUCAUCCAAGGCUAUUUUGCUGAACUCUUAACUGAGUCACUGAGAGUAUUUACUAAUCAAAAAAAUAAUUUUAUUGUGUUUUACGUUUAUGGCAUUUUGUUGUUUCAAAAGUUGUUUGUUGAUGAUUUUAUCUAAUGGAUGACUAUAGACCAGAACUUUUCCUUUGUAUUAUUCCUUUUUGUUAAUAAAGAAAGAGGUGAUAUUUUAAAAUCCAGAGAAAUGUCCCUGUAUGUGUACAUAAACAAAGAGCAUUGGGUCUUUUUCUGAUAGCUCUCCAGGGAAAUUGCCUUACCUUAAACUUGCUUUCUGCAUUUUCCAGAGACUCCAUCUGAGAGGAAGGUCUCUCCCAAUUCUGUCUUGCCUAGAAACCUCUUCAUUUAUAAAGCAGUGACUUUUUUUACUCCCACCUUUGGAAAAUAGAAAAAAAAAAUUAAUGGGUGAGUGUGGGUGAGAUGUAGAAAUCUCUGUUGCAUUUUUG